AUGCCUCGCGUACUACCGCCAUACGGCGACCGGACCAAGUCCUCAGUGGCUUGGGGAGUCGUCACUGUCGCCUGUAUCGUUAAUUUUCUCGACCUCUUCCAGAGUUCCAUGGUCAUGUUUGGCCUGGCUGAUAUCAAAGAAGCACUGAAAUUCAGUGAUGGUGAUUUGAAUUGGGUCUUGGUGGCAUACACGCUCACAUUUGCCACGACUCUCCCUGUCGGGGGCCAAUUGGCUGACCGCGUGGGUUUACGUCUCACCUUUCUCAUUAGUACUUUUAUGUUAUUCUGGACGAAUAUUCUGAUCUCUUGGACCCCAAAUCAAAAUGGCAUGCUUGCUGGUCGAGCUCUGGCAGGUGUUGGGGCUGCCUUGACAUGCGCAACUGGGAUCUCCGUCAUUAGUCACACAUUCCCUCCCGGCAAAGAUCGAAAUGCUGGACUCGCAGUCUACGUCUCCUGCGGACCAAUUGGUACCGUGCUAGGCGUCAUCCUUGGGGCGCUGCUUACAGCUUCCGCGGCUGGUUGGCGCUCGAUGUUCUGGGUGAAUUUCAUUCUGGCUGGUGUUGCCUGCGUGCUGGGCUUCUUGAUCAUCCCAAACUUUGACCGGGAUACGACUCGUGGAUUUGAUUAUUAUGGUGUGGUCACUUUCAUGGCUGGCACCUGCUUAUUGAUCUUCGGAUUGAAUGAUGCGGUAGACCUAGGCUGGAAAAGCCCUGCCGUGAUAGUCACCAUUAUUAUAGGUGGCCUGUUGCUCCUCGCAUUUCCACUCGUGGAACGUAAGGUUCACGAACCGGCAGUGCCAUUGUCAAUUAUGCGCAACCCCCAUGUCCUCGUUCCCUUGACCGUCUUCAUGUUUGUUGGUGGUGGUUGGGUCACUUGGUUCUUCCUAGCCACAGAAAUUUGUCUCAACUCACUCCAUUACAAGACGGUGCUCGCGGCGUGUUACUUCUUACCUGCAACCGCGGUUUCCAUGAUUGGAGGUGGCAUUGGCAACAAGUUAGUCGGCAUGGGUCAUACCAAGAUUGUCAUUGUAGCCGGAUAUGUCAUCAGUGUGGGCGCGCUCGUCCCUUGGGGCUUUGUCGGGCCUCAAUUCGGCAUUUGGUAUGUGAUUAUCUUCUCGAUGCUCUACCUAUUUGCAGCACCGGGAAUCGCAGUGGCUGCGCAGGCCAUCGUGUUGAAUGAGAUUCCUUUGGAAGAUCACGGCACCGCGGCGGCCCUCAUGAACGUCAUGUAUCAAUUCGGAAGUUCUCUCUUCCUUGCGGUUGUCAAUGUCGUGAUGGGGAGUACUGGACGGAGCGGAGACCUGAGUCGCGAUCUCCUCACCCAGUACCAUAAUGGUAUGUGGACCUUGCUUGCUUUUACCGCCACGGGCUUGGUUCUAUUUGUGGUGUUCUAUCUUCCACGAGAGUCCCGUCACGGAGGCAUGCUCGACAAGUCUCAGAACGAGCCAGUUGAGAUUAAGGACGAGGAGGAAGCUGUAGGAGAGAUCAAAAGCACUUGA